AUGGGAGCCAUCACGCUGCUGUCACAGCAGCUGGACGACAUCGUUUCAGCCACUUCCGGUUUUUCUCUAGCAGCCUUUCCAUCACCGGUUGCCUCGGAACUACCGGAGUUCCAUGGAUUUGAGAAUGACCCUAUUCUGUGGCUACAAGCAGCCAAAGCGCUCGGCGCAUUCCAUGCCUGGCCCGACAAUACGAUAUGGCUGUUUGCGGCGGGGGCGACUUCGAGGUACCGCCAAGGCAUGGGGAACUACGAGGCAGCAGCUCCGCGCAGGUCCACUCCACCCAUUGCUGCCAUCGCCCUCGCGCCCGGGAGUGUCAGCUACACCAGGCCACAAGGGAGGCACCAUAAGACAGCUCCCACUGUAGGGCGGGCCGCCGCCCGAAGCCACUACCGCACCAGGGGAGCAGCCGCAGCGCCCCGGUAUCCUCCAGUACCCAGCAGCAACCAGUCCCAACACCCCAUGGUUGCAGCAGCAGUGGCCGUGGCAAUCCCUCAACCCCGACUCCCGCCACCAGAGACCACGACAGGCAAGCGCCAGCGGCCAUUGACGAGAGCCAUUCACCACCAUGGUCGCCCACCUCCGGGAACGCCCUCGCCGCACCCGCCAGGGCCGUCGCCGUCAAGCGCAGCAUCUACGAAAGCGGCAAGGCGCUCCCCCAGGGUCAGCGCGGCGCCCAAGGCACAGCGGCCACCGCAACGAAGCGCCGCCCCAGAAUGGCUCCGACCAAGCCCUCCAGCCACCCAGAGCACCACCACCCGCGGACAGCCUCCCAAGAUACCCCUGUGA